AUGCGACCUUUCACGCCCAUCUCCAGACAUCGGUCUGGCCCGCCACCGAGAACGGCGACUCCCAUCAAGAGCAUUUUGCGUCCAUCUAUUUUGGGUCGCAGGAAAGCUGACGACGCGGGGCUCGAUUCUAUUGCCUCUGAUCCACCAUCAAGCCCGACUAAGCGCCGGAAGGUCUGCAUCAACGAAAUGAACAAUAGUGUUUUCGAGUUCGGCAGCAGGUCGAUGGACGAAGUCAACGCAGAAGUACGGAAGGCUCUGGAGGAGCAUCUCAUGGGCGAGGACGAGGGGUACGAUAAUCUGAAGGAGAUUUUCGCCAACGAUAAGCAGCGAUACCUGCCUCCUGUGGUGGGGGAGGACGAAGAUACCCUCAAACCCCAGGAGCUAAAGGGCUACGUUCUGGCUCUCACUAGCUGCGUUCCGUUGUUGAAGAACAAGGCCUGCAACGGACUGGUGCGGACUGUCCUCCAAGUCUCGUGGCUUGGGCGCGAUGAGGACUUUUUCAAGGUCUACAUCCAGUUCCUCGCCGCCCUGAUUAGCGCCCAGGGUUCCUACCUGACGCAUGUGCUGUCCAUGAUUGUCGAGAAGUUCGGCCACUCCAGGCAAUCCGAAUGGAGCGUUGCCGACUUCGCUCCUGUCACUCGUUCCACGAUGCGCGAGCGUCUGCACACUGGUCUUCAGUACCUGCUCCAAAUGUUCCCGGCCGCCACUCCCGUCCUCCGCAGCCUUCUCGACAGCAAGUUCCCCUUCGAUGACGACCCGAAGAGAAUGUUCGUUGCCUAUGUCAACAACCUCCUGAAGCUUUCAGACUACGCCAAGGACCUGGAUCUCGACAUUGUGGAUGUGAUCCUGUCACGUCUGGUGAAGAUCGACGUUCAGAUGACGACGGACCUCGAGGACCCCGACGACAAAAUCUCGAAAUCGGUCGUCUCCGCGCUAGGAAAGGAUUUCAACACCGGGUCCUGGGAGGGUGACGAAGAGGCUGAGGAAGACGACAGCGACGAUGAGUCUGUUGACAGUGACGAUUCGGACUUUGACGAUCACGAGGAAAGGGUUCGCGUCGCAAAGGGCAACGUCGAGAAGCUGGACGCCAUUCUCGAUACCCUCUUCGACCACUACACGCCCCUGUUCGAGAAUCCCGACUCGGAUGAAGCAUACGACCUAUAUGCCCUGCUCGUACAAUCAUUCGGAAAGAUUGUCCUGCCGACGCACAAAUGUCGCCACACACAAUUCCUCCUCUUCCACUUUGGUCAGAUGUCUGCUCGUCUGCGCGAUACCUUCGUCGGCAGUUUGCUGCACAUCUUCAGUUCUCAGAAUCGCCCAAGCUUUGUACGACAGGCGGCAGCUACGUAUCUGGCUGGCUUCAUGGCCAGAGGCGCCCAUGUCCCGUCCGAUCUGGUCCGCACAGUAUUUCACCUGCUGCUCAAGCAGAUGCAGAUUUACCGUCUAAAGCACGACCCGGACGCGAGGGGACCCGACUUGAGACGGCAUCAGAUUUACUAUGCGCAAGUUCAAGCCGCUCUGUACAUGUUCUGCUUCCGUUGGCGCGACCUCAUCGUGGACGUGCCUGAGUACGUCGACCGAGAUGACCCUGCAUCGUAUCUGGGUCACGAGCUAGAGUGGAUGCAAGGGAUGAGGGAAGAAUUGUCUGCGAGCGUCUACUGCAAGAUGAACCCGCUGAAGAUCUGCGCGCCAGCGAUCGUCGAAGAAUUCGCAACCUUGGCGCACAAGCUCAACUUAAUGUACAUCUUCCCUCGCGUCGAGGACAACAAGCGCAUCAGACUGUCACAAUUUGUGUCAGACACGUACGGCACGGGAGGCGCUCUCAGAGAUACGGGCGCCGGGGCCCAAGACGAGGACGCGUACCAGCUCGACCCUUACUUCCCUUUCGAUCCGUACUCGCUGCCGGUGAGCAAGAGAUGGAUUCAGUCAGAUUACGUUCAGUACGAGGCUACCGUGGGUCUCAACGCGACGGCAGAAGACGACAGCGACGAGGAGGAGGAUCAUAUUCCAGAGACGGACAUCGAUGAGGAUACUGCUACGGCAAGUGAAGACGAGGACGACGAUUGA